ACUGUGCUGUGAGAAAAUAGCAUGUGUUAUAUGACUAAUAGUAAUGUCACCAGCUCAUUAUGCAAACUUGCAUGGAGACACUAAAUGUGUUUUGAAUGCAAAAUGGGUUUAUGUCGCUGGAAAAACACACAAAAGAAGAUUACCUUGCUCAGAAAGUGGAAGACCAGUGAUCUUGAAGCAUCAGCUUGGUUGAACACCAGUAGCUGCUUAAAUCAACUGUCCUGAAAACCACAGAGAGCGCGUGAUGCUGUUUCAUCUUAUCUUCAUGUCACUGGUUUGCUCGGGGCUGUCAGUGGAGAGCUAUGGAAGAGACUUCAUCACGGCAUUCCCAGAAAACACUGUCUACUACAAUCCACAGGAGUCCUACAACACGCUCCAAAUUACUGCUUUCUACAACGACACCCUCGUCGAAAUCACCAUCAACUACACAAAAGUGUUUCAUGAUAAACUACGGUCUGGGCAGACUAAAAUUGUGCAUUUUCCCAAGUACAACGAGCAAUUUCAGUUCACAAACUUCCCUCUUUUUGCCAGAGUCAACAGCACCCAAAAGAUCGUGGUGCUUUGGCUCAGUCAGCGCGGGAGCAGCGUGCAAUCUAAUGUCGUUCAACCUGUUACAAAUCUCGGAAAGUGGUAUUCAAUCCCAUUUAUCAAUUACAAUCAGAUGAUGGCAUCCUUGUACAAUAUGUCAGAUCAGUUAGCUCCGGACAGCUGGAGAUACAAUUCGUUCAGGCUGAUCAUUAUCAAUGCUGAGAACUCUGAUAACUUAAUCACCGUCCAAAGUAUCAGUCCGGAUGGUCCAAAAGCAUUUAAUAUUACGCUCAGGCCUCACAAACUUUACCAGUUCCAAACUAAUGGCUCGGAGAUUCAGCUGGACUCUUCUGGAAAGGUGGCUGUGCUGUUAACCCACCCGUGUGUAGAAACUGCAGGAUGUGAUUGUAAUAUGGUGCUGAGCCACGUUCUCCCCCGAAAUCUGUGGGGUGAUACGUUUCUUGUGCCGUCGGUGAAGAACCUGAAUACAGCCUGGCUGCAAGUGACUAACACAACAGAAGUAAGGCUCAAAGGCGUGAAUAUAAAAACUCAGCAGUUCAAUUCUUCAGAGCUCAUUCCCUUCCCAGAGCUCAAGAGUGCGUCUCAGUUAAUCAGUUCAACAAAUAAGGUGUCCAUCAGACUUAUUAGUCCAGGUUUUGUCUUAGAACUCAUACCAGAAACCAUGUUCGCCGCUUGUUACCUGGUUCAGAUGAACUCGACAGAAGGUGAGGUCGUUAUCAUCGCUGAAACAGCCCAUAAGAACAAUGUGUCUAUAGAUGGCAAAUUACUUCAGUUCACUAACUGGAAACCCAUUCCCUAUUCAAACUACUCUUCAAUAUCUGUGUCGCUUAGUGGCACGCAUGUCAUCUGGCAUCCAACCUCCAAGAUUGGAGUGUACAUGUUUGAGACGAUGGAAGGUGGAAUUCCUUACGGAAGCCCAGCUGUCAUUUUAAAUGAUGACCCAGAUCGUGAUGGCUGUGUGGCAGAUUCUACAAAUUAUAUGACCAACUUUCUGCAAAACAACAUUGGUCCUGGGUAUCUGUGGAUCGGUCUGCGGCGCAGUCUGUUCACGUCAGAGUGGUACUGGCUGAAAGGCAAUGACAGCAAAUAUAGCGUGAGCUUCACGAAGUGGGCCAAUGGGCAUCCAGAUAUUCCCCAGAAAGCGUUGUGUGCUGCUGUGUCCAAAGAUUCCAACAAGGAGUUUUCCUGGAAGAGUGUGUCCUGUUGCUCUAAGCUUAGGCCCAUCUGCUACAAACAGGGCAAAUAUUUCAGUGAUAUUACCUUUAAUACACUAUAUGAUAAUUUUUAGAAUUACUUACCCAAUGGUGUGUCCUUCUUGUCCAAAUUCUUGGCCUUUUAAUUAAAGUUAAUAUCUGAAAAAAUAAAUUAUAGUUUACAAUAGUUUAAUCAUGAAACUUAGGAAAAUUAAUCAAAUUGCUUAAUUAUAAAAAAGAUAAUUGUCUAUUACUGUUAUUGUUUUUUUUGUAUUUAUGUGAAUAAUAUAAAGCAAUAUUAACAUUUCAAAA